AUGAAACUUGGAAAAAGAUUUGUCAACAUUGAAAAAUUUACAUUUAUUGAAGAGAUAAAUUUGAAUCCAAAAGAUUUGAAACUUGUUAAAGGACAAAAACUGGAUGUCAACUGUUCUCUGAGUACCUCCUUGUCUUCAAAAAGUAGAAUCAGUCGUAGUGGUUAUAAGUCAACCCAGUUGAAGUUUGCCAUUAAAAUGCCAAAAAAGUUUAACAGUUCAGAUUCCGACCAGCUGUCCACUUCACAAAGUGCUCCAGAUGAGGAAUUAUUUACUACUGUGAUUGUUCCAGGACAAAAUGUAACCAUUCAUGAUGGGAGAACUGCCAACUUGAAAUAUGAUGUUGAAGCUUUCCAGGAAGGAAACUACCUGCUGAUUUGUUACUUGAAUAAAAUGAAAACAGCUGACAUCUUCAGUGUUGGAACCCUGCCCUACGAUGUGAUCAACAUAACUUGCAAUGUAUUGAACUGGAGUGAUCUCAUUUGCACAUUUGUGACAUCUGGUGUGAGUAGUGAAUACAUUACUAAAUACAAUGCUUUUAUCAAGAGGUCUCAUUCUGACAAAUAUGAAAUUCAAGCUACUAUUGAUUCUGAAAUUUCUAAGACAGAUUACAAAUUUUCUAUAGAGAAUUUUGUUAACAAUGGCUUGCUGGACGCAGUUGACAUAUACUUUAUUGGCACAAACAUUUUUGGCCAGACGACGAGCAGAUCCUUCAACAUAAAUUUGAAGGACGUGAAUGUUGUAAAUAAUUUCACUAAAAUUGACGCAACAGUUAUCAAAGCAGUGAGAGACUUGAAAGACUUUACAGAAAUUUUGAGCCCCGAUAACAAUGAGUUAGUUGCGAUGGAAGUUGAUGAAACAUUGUUGCCAGCUUUCUCUCAAUGUUCAUCUUCAGUCAGAUUGAAACCUCUAAACUAUGGACUGUUUAGUGAGUGGAGUAACUCGCCUUCCUUCCACACCAGCGUCAGGGUACCCUUGAAGAACCCUGACGUUGAGGAAUCAUUUUAUUCCAUUCUCAAAUGCUCAUGCACUGGUCGCCAGAGUUCGUGUGACGUCAGUUUCUAUUUUAAGCCGUUGAAGUUGGAGGAAUCAAGGGGUCCAGUUUCUGAAUACAGAAUGAACAUCUCCACCCAAUCUUCAUCUUCGUCAACUCCAACUGGAAACACUAAGAUAUUUUUAAACAAUACUAAUUUACACAACAAACUCGACAACCUGUUACUUUCAAAUGACUGUUGUGGUGGCACUGCUCAACAUGAGCAAUUUUCUGGUAGUUGUGGUACGAGUUUGGAAGUUACGUUAGAAGCGGCAACAAGUGCAGGUUACAACAACACGAUUCCAGCCAGUUUGUAUGUGAUUCCAUUUAGAAGGUGUCUCAAUUCUUCCACAUUUGACGAGAAGGUUGAUGACGUGUCAGUUCACGUUCAAUUUGCUCCUCGGUUGUUCGACGUUGUGAGAAUCAAUGAAACAUCAGCUGAUAUCGUUUGGUCGGUUUCUGGCUCCAUCACAGAACUUGAACAACAUUUGAGUGACUCUGUUGACGGUGGACAGUAUUUCAUCGUCUGGUGCAUCUAUGAUAGGUUCACGCAGUGCAAGGAUGAUAUGUCCUGGGAGAAGGUUGAUAACGCCAAGAAGGUCAACAUUUAUUCAUUUUCAUCCAGUGAACAUGAGGUGUACAAUUAUCAUUUUGGCAUCUCCAGAGCCGGUGGUGAGCCUGGUGGAACUUACUGGAUGGUUGAACACUGCUUCUUCAAUGCUAAAUCUCGUCUGUUGUUUUUUUUCAUUCAAACCAUAGUCAUAAAGUUCAUCGAAUGUUUUCGUUUUCAAACAGCUUUAAAAGAUGUACUAAUCACAAACACUGACCACUUGGUGGUCCUUGAAAAACAUUCCUGCAACAAACCUAACGAAAAUUAUUUCAGAAGGUUCCACGUCUCCAUACUGGUCAAUAAUGAGCCAGUCCGUGAGUUGGAGAAUGGUCUGGAGAGUGCUGAAAUAAUGUUGAAUGCCAACGAAAUGCACGAGACAACAAAACUCAUCUUCACAUUCUAUGGAUGGUUGAAUGGUGAUCACAGCGAUGAUGAUAUUUUUCAUGGUGAUGAUAAUGCAAGGAGCAUUGUAAAGCGCCAAGAAUUUCAUCCAUAUAAUCGUCUGGGCAGCACAACGCAGGUGAACCAUGAUACGUGGGUCGCCAUUGUAGUGGCUGCAUGUGUAUUCUUUUUUUUUGCUCUGGCUAUAGUUUGCUGUCGUCGCUACUGUGCCACAUCACACUGCUGUGUACCUUUGAAAAUACAAGUCCCUGCAAGAGAUUCAGCCUCUUUAAAGCCAUCAGGUUUUUUUCUUACAUUUAAUUAA